AAAGCACCGCCAAUUUAAGAGCAGAUGAGCACUGCCGCAGCUCUGCACUGUACCUGUAGUUAGGUGCGCUGGGAUAUACACAUUAUCUACACUUAUAUUGGCUCUUAUCUUAAAAUAGAACUGCGUUGUGAGUCUGAACUAGGACGCUUAUCUGAAAUACACCAGGGACACAAAAGUAAACCUAGUGAUGAUUUGAAUGCGACCAGUUAGGUUACAUUGGGAUGGGAAUUGCGCACAGUUGGUCACUUUGGAUGGAGUGUCAUUGAACGCCGAGAAGUUGUCACACACCUGAAACUACUUUAAUCCAAGAGCGCUUUGCCCCCGGUUGAUGCCGAGGAUCAUGACAAUGAAUGGUGACCAGCAGUCGGUUGCCGCGGCGCCGCUGGAUCUGCGCACCACUUACCGAGAGCGUGGGAGCACCGGGGCGAGGAGUCCGGACUGGAAAGGUCGCAUUAGGGACGCCCGGGUGACAAGCGGCUCACCUGCACCUCCUGCGUGCACAGAGACGGACAGUUUGCUGACAGCACACUGUCCAACAGUCAGAGGCGCACAGGGUUCAAAAAACAGUGUUGUUCGAAAGCGGCCAGCGGACGAUUCUUCCUUAAGGCUUCCCUUUAGGAAACGCCCGAUUCCCGUCGAGCCGGAGACCCAAAUCAAGUCACCGGAGACCCAAACCAAGUCACCGGCUCCUGCAGCAAAAGGGGACCAAUUCUCUUCAGCGUUCCAGACGGACUUCACAUCCCAGGUCUGUCCUUUGGAAAGAGUCGCGGAGGGAAGCAUGAUCAGUGCAAGACCAAUAUCUCCCAGACGGGUCGAGGAGGCACGACAGAGUCCUGAUGGAUAUCCUAUUCGCUUUUUGCACCAAUUUGAUUACAGUCCCUUCCCAGUCUACUUGCCCCCUGUCCCAGAGCCGAGCCAUCCUGUCGCCCUCCAAACUGAAAAUCUGCUCUCUGGUAUCGCUCUGGCUACACGUCAAGAUGAAGAUGGAGACACAGCUCUCCAUAUAGCUGUUGUGCAGGGGGAGCAGGCUAUCGUCUGCAAGCUGAUCCAACUUCUGCUGUUGGCUCGCAGACCCCUAGAUAUCUACAACAACCUCUGGCAGACGCCCCUUCAUCUGGCAGUGAUAACCCAGCAGGCAAACAUGGUGGAGACUCUGUUGAGUGGAGGGGCUGACCCUGCCGCCUUGGACCGCAACGGCCAAACAGCUCUCCACCUCUGCUGCGAAUACAACCAGCGAGACUGUCUGUCUGUUGUGCUCUCCCGCUCCUCAUCCUCCACAUGCCUGGAGAUCAGAAACUUUGAGGGUUUAAGUCCGCUCCAUCUGACCGUACUGCGUGGCAAUAAGGAUUUGUCAAGAAUGCUGCUGGAUGCAGGAGCUGACAUCAAUGCUAUGGACGUUAAAAGUGGCCAGAGUCCUGUCAUGCACGCGGUGGAGAGCAAUAAUGCAGACAUGGUCCACUUCCUCAUUGAGAGAAAUUGUGAUGUCAACAGCCAGUCAUAUAGCGGGAACACGGCUCUGCACGGCGCCUGUGGCCGAGGUCAGGUGGACACCGUGCGACUGCUGCUGAAGAGCGGCGCUGACAGCAGCCUCAAGAACUACCAUAACGACACCCCUGUGAUGGUGGCCAAGAACAAGAAAAUAUCAGAUGUGUUACGAGGGAGAGGCUCCAACCAGAUGAGGGUUCAAGAUCAACCCUCUAUCUCUAACUCGCCACAUGGGAGCAACCUUACAGAAAUGGGGACCCCAUCUCCAAACCACAGUCAAGGAUGUUCGCCCUCGACUACACCACACAAUUCUCAUCAUAGCAACUCCCACUCUCCAAAGACUCCAUCUACACUUGUGUAUUCAUACUUUUAGCUCAAAGUUACUGUCUAGUGCAACUCGCAACUACCUCCACAGAGCUAUCCAACCCGAGACUUCAUUUCCCAAGAGGACAUCGUGGAGAGGGCUCAGCCAAUGGGAUGACAGUUCAGUAAAAGAUAGCACCUGAAUGUACGCAUCCCUAAAAGCUGGCCUUCCUUUCCUCAACUCAGCGACAAAAGACAGUCAUCAGUGGUGUCCAUCCUUCCUUGGAUUUGAUGCGUUGGUAGAGGGUUUCCAAACCCUCUCUCUCAUCCAGCUGCUGAUUUGUGCAGUAAUGACUGGGAAAUAAAGGAGUGAACUUAAGGCUGCUAUAGACAUCAGCCUGCUGUCUCCACAUUCAUAUAAGCAGCAUAUAGAACAGGGGUGGGCAACUGGCGGCCAGGGGGCCACAUGCGGCCCCCAUCAACCCUCAACGUGGCCCUCAGGUCAAUUUUUACAUAUCAAUUAAUUGGAAACAUGAAGAAAACAUGACAAAAUCUGCCAUGAAAUCAUGAAAACUAGAAAUAUGUCCAUAAUAAUAUUUGAUCACUGGUAUAUGUUGAGUUAAAUUUGAGACACAAUUGACUGUAAUCGUUUUUUGUAUGCUACAAUUUGGCCCUCUGGCAGUGAGAAUUAAAUGAAUGUGGCCAUUGCUGUGAACGAAGUUGCCCCUCCCUGAUAUAGAAUGUGCAAAUGAAUGCAAUCAAUGCUUCACAAAAAGACUAUACUGCUAUACUGCACUGGUGUGUCAGUAAAUGAUGGACAUGCGUCUGAGCUCGAUGAUAUCAGAGUCAUUUUUAGAAGUAUUUGAGCCUUUGUUUUUUAUACGUGGUAAGGAGAGAAAUGGUAGAAAUAAGUAAACUAAGGAGAUUACAUGCAACAGCUGUAUCUACCCUGUCCAUGCUUUUUGGCACCAUAGCUCUUCUUAAAAUGUCGUCCCAGUGUGCGUCCUGUAAAGCUUGACAGUAUAACGUGAUGGCCUUAUCUUGCACAGUCAACAGAGUAUAUUUGUGUUUAUUUCAUUGAUAAAUGUUGUAAAUAUGUUUUAUAUAAAAUAAAAAAAACAA